UGAAGCCAGAGAAUGAACAAGUUAUCUUACGUCGUAGUGACAGUGCUUUUGGCCUGCUUGGUCUCCGAUUCGUGGGCUGAAGUAUCGCGAGUUCAGUUAAUACCUAAGGCUAAUUUCACCAGGACCAAAAGCAGUGUUAAGGCUGAGAAGUCUUUACUAGCUGCUAAAUAUUUAAAGGAGACCACCACAGGACCAACAGGUCGCUAUUUGGUUCUACACAAUUACGAGAAUGUGGCAUAUUAUGGAGUCAUGAGCAUAGGCACACCAAAGAAAUACUUUAAUAUUCGUUUCGAUACGGCAUCUGCCAACUUGUGGGUGCCAAGCAUGAACUGCCCCAGUACAAACGUAGCAUGCUAUCAACAUGCCAAAUACGAUUCAUCCGCAUCGAGCACUUAUGUUGCCAAUGGCGAGAAUAUAACUAUUAAAUAUGGUACAGAAAGUGUGAUUGGUUAUCUCUCCACCGACACGGUGAGAUCUAAUAACAUUCCCAUUAGAUCGCAAACAUUUAUGGAGGCUACCUAUGUGCCAGAUUCAUUUAUCAAUGCUCCAUAUGCCGGCAUUUGGGGUCUGGCAUUCCAGUCGAUUGCUGUAGGAAACGUCACGCCACCCCUGGAUAAUAUGAUUGCACAAGGACAACUCGAUGAACCACUUAUUUCGUUCUAUUUAAGGCGCGAAGGCACAGCUGUGCAGGGCGGUGAGCUGAUAUUUGGCGGCAUCGAUUCCACUCUCUAUACAGGAAGUCUCACCUAUGUUCCCAUCACUGUUGAGGGCUAUUGGCAAUUCGAAGUGACUGCGGUAGAUACCAAUGACGUUACCCUAUGCACUGAUUGUCAGGCAAUAGCCGAUACUGCAUGCCCUCUGAUUGUAGUGCCCGAAGCGGCCUAUACUGACAUCAAUGACCAAAUUGGUGCGGUCGAUAAUGGUGAUGGUUUUGGCUUCGUUUCCUGUGACCUACAGUCUUCCUUGCCUGAUGUCAACUUUAAUAUUGGCGGCACCACCUUCACAUUGACGCCCAGUGACUAUAUCGUAGAGGUAACCGAUGAUGAUGAUAAUACAUCUUGCAUGUCCAGUUUCACCUACUUGGAGGGCAAUGAUUUUUGGAUUCUUGGCGAUGUAUUCAUUGGCAAAUUCUACACGGUCUUUGACAAGGGUAAUAGUCAGAUCGGAUUUGCCCCAGCGGUAACUUCGUAAACCAAGUAAUUCAUUUA